AUGGAUACGAAUUGGCUCAAACUCAUUCAACAAAUGGAAGCCAUCAAAGCCAAUGUCGACCAGUGGCACAAAACAAUGGAGAACACGUUACGACUUGGAUCUUUGAAUCCGCUCAACUAUAAACAUGCACUAUUGAAAAACGUACCUGCACCUACGCCUUUCCUCACACACCAGUCCACCCCAACGACUUCCACUCCUAACCUGCAACAUGUCGGGCGAACGACCACGUUUCCUCGAAACUCUCCCACGACACAUCAACACGCGUCUUAUCACACACUUCUACCGUCGAACCAUGGAAUGACAAGAAGAAUGCCACUGCUACCAGAUCCGCCAACCACCAACCCAAUAAUACAACUCCAUCACCCAGGAACCCAUUUUAAAUACAGCACAACAGAAUCUGAUAAUAGCAUUACAAAAGAGGUGACAAACAACCAAGACGCCAACAACAACAACCAGAACAACUACAACGAAAACAUUCUCCAAACCGGAAACAAAAACAACAACAACAAAUUCAUAAUCGUUCGACCAUACAACAGACAACUUAACUCAUUCUACGAAGAAAUCAUCACCACUCUAAUCCUACAUGGAUGCAUCCAAAACCACAACGACAUCCUACAAGCAUACACAAUCAACAAACCACUACACCGCAUACUAUUUAGGCACUGA